UUCCAUGUAUAUAUCCUUGAAGUUUGAGUGAGACCCUCCUGCCUCCCUGGUGCUUUUAAUCUAAACUUUGCGUAUGGUUGUUUCCCAGAUAGAUUUACUUGGAUUAUCAUCUCCCUACAAGGCUAAUAACCUUAAUUAUAUUUCUUAUUGAUCCUCUACACCAUAUAUACAAGAAGAGAGAGAGAGAGAGAGAGAGAGAGAGAGAGAGAUGGCAUCUAGAACGUCCCACGCAGCCAUUCUCAACCACCACCACCACCAGCAGCCGCUGGGUUUGUUUGAGAAUCAAGAGGGAGAGGGCUGUAAUACACAGACGGAUUUCUUUCCUUUCCCACAAAACUUGACCUUUUCAUCGUUGCCCUUGGUAGGUCACCAAUCUCUCAAAGGCGGCUUGAGCACGGCUAGCAUAGCUUCUGAUGAUGCACCUUCAACUACCACUCUCUCUGAAACCCUAGUCCCCCGGCCAUCACUUACUCCUCCUCUGAGGCAUAAACAAGAUCAUAACAUCACUACUAGUUCUGAAUUUGGCGGAGGAGGAGGAGGAGGAGGAGGAGGACCCCAUGGCCAUCUCCUUUCUCUGCAAAGAUCCACCGCAAAUCUCUGGGCAUGGGGAGACGUGAGUGAUGAGUACUGCCUGAGCAGCAAGAGAUCAAGCGGCGGAGACGACAGCCAUCAUCCUUAUUUAGGAGGGCUUUCGGCAAUGAAGAUGAAGAAGAUGAAGGCAAUUAGGAGGAAGGUAAGGGAGCCUAGGUUUUGCUUCAAAACCCUGAGCGAUGUCGAUGUGCUUGAUGAUGGUUACAAGUGGAGAAAGUACGGACAGAAAGUGGUAAAGAACACACAGCAUCCAAGGAGUUAUUAUCGUUGUACGAUGGAUAACUGCCGCGUAAAGAAACGAGUAGAGCGAUUAGCCGAGGACCCGAGGAUGGUGAUCACAACGUAUGAAGGGAGACACGUACAUUCUCCAUCUCAUGAUCUUGAUGAUCAAGAUUCACGAUCUCCGUCGCACCUGAACAACUUCUUCUGGUAGCUACCCAGACUGCUACCUACUACUGUAUAUUAACUCAUAAUAGCCUCAUGAGCUCUCGUUUUCGUUUUUGUUUUCAGUUCUAGUUUUUGUUUGGUGUUUUUUUUUUUUUUUUUUUGGUUAUGGAUUCAAACGAUCACCCUCAUAUUAUACCUAGCUUGCUGCACUCUGGUUGUGUAUGCAUGUGUCUUUGACUGCAUGUAUUUGAGAAAUUUUAUGUGUAUCUGGAAUAUAAGGUGGUAUAUGAAGUGGAGGGACAUCGAAAAAUA